CGUCUGCUUGAUAAUGCUUUGUUUAUCAUAAUAACAGCCAAAUUUUUAGGUGAGUCAAUUUUGAUCUGAAUUCCUCUUCUUUCAGAUGUCGUCAUCACCAUCAUAGAGGCCAUCAUUCAGCUGAGUCAGGAAGCGACCGUGAUUCGUCCUACAGUAGAGAGGAGAGGAGACGGCACAGAUCGUCCAGGGAAAAUAUUGAUUUUAGCAAGAUGUCGGACUCAGCUCCGUACCAUAUGGGUGAUGGUGGAAGAAGAGACAGAGGAAGUGGCUCCGAGGCGGAAAGAUCACACCAUCACCACCGUCAUAGACAUCGGACAUCAGAGGGAGACGCUAGAAGUGACGGGUCCGCGUCCAGAUAUCGUCACAGUAAAGUCACCAGCGACGAUGCUGACUCGGAGAUGGUUCCAGCACUGGACGUGAUCCGCUCGCGAGUGGCGGUAGCCCGAGUCAAGGAAGGAAGUGGCGGAAAACAUCGCCAUCAUCGGCAACACCGGCACAGUCACUUAGGAUAUCAGUCCAGUGAAUCAGGGUACUCAGCCAUGUCAGCUCCUCCAGCUCCUAAGGGCUCACAGGUGUUGUUAGAAUUAGGUCCGGACUCGGCGUCACCUACAAAACAUGGCCCAGGUGGUACGCCAACUGGACCAGGGUCUACUACAGGCUCAAACAACAACCACCCCUUACCGAGGCGACCCUCGUUUGGCCAAGAACAACAGGGAAUGUUUUCAAGUCGUACGGCUCCAUUGCCACGGGAUGGAAGCCCUGAUGGUCAGUACGUGAAAGUGGAGUACCCAAAUGGAGUGAUCAUACACGACACGAGAAAUCAAGGACGUAUUCCCAACCAUGUUAUGUAUCAGGCAGCAUUACAGCUGAAUGGAGUAAGUCGAAAUCAUCACAAUUCAUCAGUCAAAAACUCGGCUACGGACUACAUCGAUGUGGUGUCCGGUCCUACCAAGAGAGGGGACUCUCCUCCAUAUUACUAUUCCAGCCCGUCUCAUAUGAUGCCCAGCAGUAAGUCAACGGUCCUAUAACUCGGCGAGAGAGAACAACGAGAUGUCACGUUUCCCCUUGGUAGAGGGCCUGGAAACGAGCUUACGCUUCAGCUUGGGCUCGUGCCAAGACCCCCCAGGAAGAAAUUUUUUUUCGACUGUCUUUUUACUUGACGAAUUUUUAAGGUCCUCAAUUACCUGUCUGGGACAACUAAGUUAAGGCAAGUUAGGCAAGGAUCUCUAGAUACAAUUACUCGAAACCUAGUGCAAUGAAUAUUUGCAAAGGGUAGUCAACGCUCCCUUUGGCGACCGUGUUCAGUUCAUACUUACAUGCUAGUGUCAGUUUAAGCGCACACAAGAAAUGAAGUAGGAGUGUUAAUGCUGCGACGUCUAUUUCUGUCGCUGAAAUCUCGCCAAAUAACAAUGGUAUCAACGACAUUUCUGACUGCGCGGCGCUGGAAUUUUGACCCUUUCCUGUUAGACUUUGCUCUACUUUGUGAAAAUAUGUCAUAUUUUUUUUAUCCCUCUGUCAAUUGGCACUUCGUAGUCCAAUCUCCAGGGGGUCAGUCCUACCGAAGUCUGUUCAUGAUCUUUUACAGUGCGUGCUUACUUGUAAGCUUAUUUGCAAAAAGAUCAAUUGUACGUUUGAAAUGUUUGCAAAUCAUAGCUGCUCGAAAACCGUUGAAAUUCUUUAUUUUUUAUGAUAGGCACAAAUGUUGUUUUAAAGAUGUGUAGUUUGAGAGUAAAGCGGCAUGGAGCUGUUAGAUUAACGCAAAACAUCAACAGAAAGCUUUUUUGAAAAUUCGAUAUUUUAUUUUCCUACUUUGGGUUUAUGAAUUGUCUAUAUUUCAACAAGUCUGUGUGUUUUAAAUUGAACACUCUGCUGUGUCAGUCCACAAGACACUUGUAGAAUUACUCUUCGAUAUGUUUUCUCGCUUGAUGCAUUGAUAUAUAUUUUUUUAAAUUAUUUUAUUGGAGAUAUCCUUUUAAAUGUACAGAUGUACAAGAAGUUACGUUCACUUUAUUAUUUAAGUCUCAUCUUCUUCAUUAUCUUUGUAGACAUCAAAUUAGAUUCGUUCGUCAGAAGCCCGUUUUUUCUCACUUUGUAAAGACUGUCUCUGAAAAUAUGCUUACAUGAGGUUUCGUGUUUACGCAUUUAAAUCUCUGAUUGGCUAUUGAAUGUGGCUCAUUUGCCCUCACCAAUCAUCUCUAAGUAUGGUGUUUGUAGCCAAUCAGACGGCGACCUAUGUUCAGCUCAAACAUGUUUUCCCGCGCUUCCCGUGCCCUAAGAGACCGUUUUCUUUCAGCUUCUCAGGAUCAUCGGUGUUUUGUUCAUUGGCUGUGUUGAACUUGGUCUUGGUCGUGACUGAGGCAGUCUUAACAAAACUGCUGUAAUUUGAUGUAAGACUGGGUGGCCUGUUGCCUGGUUUUUUUAGUCUCGGUAUCUGUACAAUUUGUUCCUAACGAUCGGCGAUCAUAGUAAUGGUAUCCACGAUGUGGAAGAGUAUAGAAUAGUUUUGAAAGGUGUCGGGCAAGGAAAGCCGGAAAAAUCAAAUUUGAAAAACGAUGCUCUAGUUUCGAUUGAGAGUACUUUGAGUGUACAUAUUUUUUUGUGUGUGUGGAUUCGCCCUCUGUAUUUUGAAUUAGUAAUCUUUGCUGUUUAUUUGGUCCAAAUUGAUUUGAAUGCUGUAAUGAACAUUGGGUAUGUUGAGGUCGAUCGAUAACAGAAAAAAGUUAGCGAAAACUUAGAAAAUGGUCCGGCUCUCCUACCCACUCAUCUCCACGAAUAGCCUAACCUUUCCACUGGAAAUCAAAACUUAGUCACACACUGCUUGCAAAUAUACUUUUUAACCGUGUUGUAAAUGCGUACGUGUGUAUACAAGUAACAAAGAAGGUUGUAAUGUUAUCUUUUGAGCGCCCUUCAGGAAAUCUUACGCCCCCGUAAUUUUUAUAUUGCGUUUUACUUUUUAAGUGUACGGUACCGAAAUAGGUUUUAGCCAUAUUUUAUCAGUCAUGAAUUCAAGUGGCUGUACUAUUAGAAACGUGACCAGUUUUCAUGUGAACCUCGAUCGGCCUUAACAAAGGUUCCUUUCUGUACCAAUCUUGUUUCGAACUGUGAGUGAUGAGUAAUUGACGCAAACUUCGCUUCCAGGGCCCUCUCUCUUCUUGGAAACGGGGUUGAACGGACGCAAACCGAGCCCAGCGGAGUUGCGGCAAAAAUUCACUCUGCCAAAAUUUUUCUUUUUUUCAUCCUCACCACACUUGCUCCUCGUUUAUUUCUUGCCUCCUGUUUUAUUGUCACAGUUUCAGAACAAAUGCUUUCAAGUCAAUAAUUGGAAGGAAAUUUUGUUGUAUGCAAAAAUUUUCUCCAAAUAUCAUGGAGUACGUUGGUCCCUUAAAACUCAAAUUGUAUUGUAUGCUUUCAUCCAAGUCACUGACGUUUAGUUUUCUAUUUUGAUAUUUGUUUUUAUCUUGCUAACUUUUAAACCAGUUAAAAUCGAAUCAUGUCAAGCGCAAUAUUUGAGCAUGGCGUUCCUUAUCUUUCGCCUCGAUCUAAUAUAUUUCAGCCUUCACAACACAGCACUGUACGGUAGCCUCCGUUAGAAGUUUAUCCAUUCUAAAGUCAGAAAGGUCUUUGAAUCUUGAGCAAUUACUGUCUGAAAAAUGAACCUUACAUUACGUAUUGAGUUUGAUUUGGUGCGGUCCAAAACGUCCAAAACUAAUGGAACCAUUAUGGGAACGAUCGAUCCACAUGGAAUUUGUGGCCUUACACUUGACUUGGUUCGACUCUAACUGAAAUUUGCAAAGCGUUAUUGUGUCCAACAAAGUAUUUUUCUGUUUUAGAACUUCUUUUCAGAAGAAGAGAUUCCACUUAAAAAGCUGUUCAAGUCUUAAAUAACAGGAAAUAAAUUGAAAUUGAGAAA